AUGCUGGCGAGAGUGACUUAUGACGGGCGCGUAAGAACAGAAAAAAAAAAGCGUUCCAAAAUCAAAUCACGUCCGACGCGUUCCCGCCGCGGCCGAGGGCCAAUGCGCCCGCGCACGCUCCUAAUGGCGGCGGGGAGGGGGGCGGACCGGUCGCUCGCCGCGCCGUGGUUAAUAUCUGCCAGUUUCGAGAAACUGGACUCUGGUAACGCGAGU